UGGAGCUCGAUCCUCAGCGUUUCAGCCUUCUCGAACACAACGUGAAAGCAUUGGGGCUGGAAGACACGGUAACAACGUUCAAGGGAGAUUUCUUAGAGAAAAUGCACAGCCUGCAGCAGGACGUAGUGUUCCUCGACCCACCUUGGGGAGGCAAGUCCUACGUCGAGAACGACAUGGUGGACCUGUCGUUCGGCGGGGUGCCCUUAGCCGAGCUCUGCGAGCGUCUGAAGCCUCACGCUCAUUACAUUGCCUUGAAACUGCCCUUGAAUUUCAAUUUGGAG